AUGCGUACGGGCUGGCGCGGAGGGAAGAUGGCGCUGAGCAAAACGUUCGGACAGAAGCCUGUGAAGUUCCAGCUGGAGGAGGCAGGCGAGUGGUACAUGAUCGGUUCUGAGGUUGGUAACUACUUGCGUAUGUUUAGAGGCUCCUUGUAUAAGCGGUAUCCAUCUCUUUGUCGACGACUGGCCACUGUUGAAGAAAGGAAGAAAAUUGUAGCAUCAUCGCAUGAUCAUGGUUAUACCACUUUAGCUACCAGUGUGACGCUUCUUAAGGCUGCAGAAGUUGAAGAAAUCCUGGAAGGUAAUGAUGAAAAGUACAAGGCCAUCUCAAUCAGCACGGAACCCCCUUCCUACCUCAGAGAGCAAAAGGCAAAACGCAACAGCCAGUGGGUGCCCACCCUGCCCAACAGCUCACAUCAUCUGGACGCAGUACCGUGUUCCACAACUAUCAAUCGAAACCGAAUGAGCCGGGAUAAGAAGAGGACAUUCCCUCUCUGUUUUGAUGACCAUGACCCUGCAGUGAUCCAUGAAAAUGCCUCUCAGUCUGAGGUGCUGGUUCCCAUUCGUCUUGAUAUGGAGAUAGAUGGGCAAAAGCUGAGGGAUGCCUUCACGUGGAACAUGAAUGAGAAGUUAAUGACCCCAGAGAUGUUUGCUGAGAUUUUGUGUGACGACCUGGAUUUGAACCCUUUGACCUUUGUCCCUGCCAUUGCUUCAGCGAUUCGCCAGCAGAUUGAUUCCUACCCGAUGGACACCAUACUGGAGGAUCAAUCGGAUCAGAGAGUCAUCAUCAAGCUGAACAUCCACGUGGGAAACAUCUCUCUGGUGGAUCAGUUUGAGUGGGACAUGUCAGAGAGGGAGAAUUCACCCGAGAAGUUUGCUCUGAAGCUGUGCUCCGAGUUGGGUCUGGGAGGAGAAUUUGUCACCACCAUCGCUUACAGCAUCAGAGGCCAGCUGAGCUGGCAUCAGCGCACGUACGCCUUCAGUGAGAACCCCCUGCCCACGGUGGAAAUUGCCAUCAGGAACACAGGUGAUGCUGACCAGUGGUGCCCGCUGCUGGAGACCCUCACCGAUGCAGAGAUGGAGAAGAAGAUCCGUGAUCAGGACCGCAACACCCGAAGGAUUAGGCGUCUUGCAAAUACCGCUCCGGCCUGGUAAUUGAUCUCGAGUUCAGUUUGCCUUGAACUUGCUAACUGAUCCCAUGCUCAGUUCAGUCCUCCACCUGGUAACUGCCCCACACUCAAGCCUCCAGUCUCUACGUUGGGAGCCGUUCCCUGCUCAGUACUGCCCCCCUUGGUGUGAAUUGAUCCUGUGUGCGGCCCCAUCUCCAGACUGGCACUCAGUCUGGUUCAAUUGAUGACAAGCAGUUAACCAUUGCAAGUGCUUGUUCUGAGAGAAGUAGACAUUCCCCACAGCGGCCUUGUCGCAGACCCCUACACUGUGUAAUAAGACUGGUGCAGACCCCCACACUGUGUAUUAAGACUGUGUUCAUCAGAUGGCUUGUGCAGUUCUAUUCCCUACAGUCAAUGCACAGAAGUCUUGCCUUAAACUGUUUUUGUAUAGAUGCUCAUUGCACUUCUAGAGCAGUUCUUUUAUAAAAUA